AUGGACCCAUGCAGCCAUGUCGCCGAAGCAGCGGCCAGUGACGUGCGCCACAAGCUGGAUCAGCUGCUGCUGUCCGCAUGCCGGGCGGUCCUUCCUCUCGAGCAGGCCGAGGUGGUGCUGGAGAACGGAGAAGGCGUCCGCUCCGCUCCCGAAGCCGGCUUCUGCUGCCGCGCAGCCCGGACGGCCUUCCACAGGUUGCGUCGGGGAGCCGUGGGGCCCGUGAGCUACGAGAUCCCAUGCCCCGCCCUAGGCGGGCUGCCCAAGAGGUGGACCUUUGAGGAUUCGCCUGCGCUGGCGCGGAGCCUAUCUUCAUAA